AUGGCCGAAGCAAUGGCAGAAGCAUUAAAAAUAAAUUCAACAUUAACAAGUCUUCGUUUUCCAGGUAACAAUGUAUCGGGUGAACGCGGGAAAGCAGUUGCAGAAUCAUUGAAAAUAAACUCAACAUUAACGAGCCUUGAUAUUGGAUAUAACGAUCUAUCGGAUGAAGGAGCCAAAGCAGUUGCGGAAGCAUUGAAAAUAAACUCAACAUUAACAAGUCUUGCUAUUCAAUAUAACCAUCUAUCGGAUGAACGAGCCAAAGCAGUUGCAGAAGCAUUGAAAAUAAACUCAACAUUAACAAGUCUUGAUAUUGGAUAUAACAAUCUAUCGGAUGAAGGAGCCAAAGCAAUUGCGGAAGCAUUGAAAAUAAAUAGCACAUUAGAAAGUAUUAAUAUUCAAGAGAACAAUAUAUCGGGUGAUGGGGCCAUAGCAGUAGCAGAAGGAUUGAGAGUUAACUCAACAUUAACAAGUAUUCAUAUUGGAAGUAACGUAUUAUCGCAUGAGGGGGCCAAAGCAAUGGCUGAAGCAUUGAGAAUAAAUUCAAAAUUAAGAAAUUUUGAUAUUAGAACUAACCAAAUAUCGGAUGAAGGGGCCCAAGCAAUGGCAGAAGCAUUGAAAAGAAAUUCAACAUUAACAAGUCUUAGUGUUCGAGCUAACAGAAUAUCGGAUGAAGGUGCCAAAGCAAUGGCAGAAGCAUUGAGAAUAAAUUCAACAUUAACAAGUCUUGAUAUGGAAAGUAACCGAAUAUCCGAUGAAGGGUCCAAAGCAAUGGCUGAAGCAUUGAAAAUAAACUCAACAUUAACAAGUCUUGAUAUUUCAUAUAACCAAAUAUCGGAUGAAGGGGCCAAAGCAAUGGCAGAAGCAUUGAAAAUAAAUUCAACAUUAACAAGUCUUGAUAUUAGAUAUAACAAUAUAUGUGUUGAAGGCGCGAAAGCACUUGCAAAAACACUGAAAAUAAAUUCGACAUUAACAAGUCUUCAUAUUACAUAUAACGAAAUAUCGGAUGAAGGAGCCAAAGCAAUGGCAGAAGCAUUGACAAUAAAUUCAACAUUAACAAGUCUUAGUUUUCGAGGUUACGAUAUAUCGCACAGUGGGGUCAAAGCAAUUGCAGAAGCAUUGAAAAUAAAUUCAACAUUAACAACUCUUGAUAUUGAAUAUAACAAGUUAUCGGCUGAAGGAACAAAAGCAGUUGCGGAAGCAUUGGAAAUAAAUAGCACAUUAGCAAGUCUUAGUGUUCGAGGUAACGAUAUGUCGGAUGAAGGGGCGAAAGUACUUGCAGAAGCAUUGAAAAUAAAUCGCACAUUAACAAGUCUUGAUAUUUCAUAUAACCAAAUAUCGGAUGAAGGGGCCAAAGCAAUGGCAGAAGCAUUGACAAUAAAUUCUGCAUUAACAAGUAUUCAUAUUGGAACUAACCUAAUAUCGCAUGAAGGGGCCAAAGCAAUUGCAGAAGCAUUGAAAAUAAACUCAACAUUAACAAGUCUUGAAAUUGGAUAUAACAAUCUAUCGGAUGAAGGAGCCAAAGCAAUUGCGGAAGCAUUGAAAAUAAAUAGCACAUUAGCAAGUAUUAAUAUUGAAGCGAACAGGAUAUCGGUUGAUGGAGCCAUAGCAGUAGCAGAAGGAUUGAGAAUUAACUCAACAUUAACAAGUCUUCAUAUUGGAAGUAACGAAAUAUCCGAUGAAGGGGCCAAAGCAAUGGCUGAAGCAUUAAAAAUAAAUAGAACAUUAGCAAACUUCAAUAUGCAAGCUAAUAGUACGUCGGAUGAAGGGGUCAAGGCAGUUGCAGAAGCAUUAAAAAUGAACGCAACAUUAACAAGUAUGACAAUUUCGUAA